AUGUUUGCUCCGAAGCCCUCGAAGAUCUCAGCGCAUACCAUCAUUCCGAACAUUGAAAGGCUGCUUGUGCCAAUUAAGGCUCAACAUAAGGAUUUCUUUAGGUGGAACACAGCUCUCAGCAAAAGAAUCAAGCAAACAGACAACAAAGAUAAUGAAUUCUGGACAAAUGUAAGCAAAAGUAAAGAAUGGCUCCAAACUAACGAAAUAACCCUUACAAGAGCAGACAAAAGCAGAAACGUUGUUCUUAUGAAGAAACAUACAUACACUAAGUUGCUCGAAGAAUACAUCAGUUCUACAGAAUGCCGAACAAUAGAUGAACGAUAUCUAGACAAGCUCCAAAAUAGGGUUUCCAGGUUCACCAACUCAGCAUUAGCUAAACACCUGCAUCUAAGGAACGCGACCAUGCAAUCACCCGAGAUACCAAGGCUAUUCGGCUAUGCUAAAACCCAUAAACCAGGCACGCAAAUCCGGCCGAUUGUUGACAAAUCAAGAUCUCCAACCCUACCUAUUGAGAAGGGUCUACAUGAGCUCCUUAAAGGCCAUUUGAAAGAUUAUAACUACGCCGUUUCGAACACGCGGGAACUCAUCACUAAAUUGCAGAAUAUCGCUCUGAAGGAUCAGGAAUUUAUUACAGUUCUCGACUUUGAAGCUAUGUAUCCUUCCAUUAAAUUGGAACCGUGCUUCUGUGCCCUUAGAGAUUUCCUUUUCCAAGCCUCUCCACCUGGAUACCACAAGCAGGUGUUGGAGCUGGCCCACCUUAUGUGCUACACCUCAUUCUUCACCUUCAACCAACGAAUCUAUCUUCAAGAAAGGGGAGUACCUAUGGGUAGCCCCCUCUCUGGAGACCUCUGCGAAUUAAUUGUAAGAAAACUGGAUAACCAAGUAUUACAGUCCUUCAACGCGGAAAUCGUUCUCUAUACGCGCUAUGUUGAUGACAUUCUUAUCAUUUGGAAGUCCAAGCCGGAUCUGAACACCGUUCUUCAGAUUGUGAACAACAACCCUUUUGGACUUAAGCUUAAAUUAGACCAGCAGGAUGACAGGAUGGCCCACUUCCUGGACCUCAAUAUCCUCUUGGAUCAUGGCUGCAUAACUACUAGUGUGUUCCAUAAGCCUAAUCUUCAAUCUUUCUUUAUCCCUGCAACCUCGAAUGACCCCUUUACUUACAAAAUGUCCGCUUUCAGGGCUCUUAUCCGCAGAGCUUUUACCCAUUGCUCUAGCAUUAACGACGCGCUACGAGAAAUCCAACGCAUCAAGCGCAUCGCCACAGCCCACGGUUUCAGCAGUAAGUUUAUCGAUAGGCUUGCGCAAAAAACUCAUAGAUGCUUAACAACCGGAGAUGCCACUUCUAAACCUCUAAAGCAACAAGGUAAGCGCAUUACCGUCGAUUUUGACCCUAGAACGAGCCAGGCCUAUAACUUCAUAGCAAAAAAAGGUCAACGCUACUCUCGCAUACAGACACAACCCUACGAUUUAUAA